AUGCUAGGAAAUAGAGGAAAAUUAGCAAUCGAUGAAUCGAAAUGGGAAUAAUUUGAGAAAAAAGUAAAAACAGCAACAUAUAGCUUAAUGCACGACUUAUUACAAUCAAGUGUAGUAUCUCCGUUUUUAUAUAAAAUAUUAAUUUUAAUUGAAUCUUUUUAAAUAAUAUAUUAUUCUAUUCAUCCUUAAUUAUCUUUUUUAUGGGAUUCAAGUAUAACAAAUAUAGUUUAAUAGGCUUUUAAAUAUUUUUAAAUAAAUGGAAUAAUCUCAGAUGGAUAAAAUGAAUUAAUAUUAGCUAUUUUAUAUUUUGUAUGCUUUGUUUAAUUAUUUAUGCUUUUUCUUUUUAUAUUUGCUUUAGUUUAAAGUGCUUAAAAGCAUAAAAAAGCAUCUACAUUCUCCAUUUAUUGUACAAAACUACUAUCUGGAUACGGAAUAUUAUUAAAUACAAUAGGAAUAAUUCCUUUUUUUAAUAUAAUGAUAAUUAUUUUAUAUUGUGAUUCAUCAUCAAAAGUUACCUAAAAUUUAGAUUGUUAUUCUGGACUUUUUUUCAUUCAUUUUUCAGCAGCAGUUUUUUGUCUUAUUUUGCUCUUUUUUUUUACUCUCCUUUUUAUUAGACUUUAUAUAGAUUUAAAUCCAUGCUCUCACCUGCCUUUUGCAUGUUCUUAGUCAAAGUAUUCCCUAAUAAAACUUGGUUUAAAAUUAAUUUUGCCAAUAUAUAUUACUUUUGAUUGGAAAAGUUCCUUAGAUAAGGUUUUUAUUGUUCUUUUAGUAGUUUUUAAUCUGAUAGUAUGUGCCUAAGGGUAUUUGACACCUCCUGUAUAUAAUACGGGUGUAUAAAUAGUGAUUAUUAUUCUAGAUUCGAGUGUUUUGUGGAUUUCGUGUUGUGCUUUGAUUUCUGGUUUAAUUGAUAACGGAUAAGUAGGACUACUUUAUAUGGGUUUAGGAAUUCCUUUGAUUUCCAUAGUAUAUUAUAGUUUAAUAAAAUGCCGAGAUCAAUCCUUUUUGACUAAAUAGGUAAGAAAUUUCAAAAAAGAGACUGAAUUGGAAUAAUAUAUUAAUAUAUUGAUAAAUUUAAUAGAGAAUAGGGAAAAAGCAGAACAGAGAAUUCAAUUAGAAGGGGUGUUAAAAUUCCAUAUUAAAAAUUGUAAUAAAUAACAGGAUUAGUGUGAUUGUUAAAAUAUUGCAAAUUAAAAAGAAGAAGAUGGAAAUAAUGGAGUUUCAGUUAAUUCUUCAAGAAAAUGGUAUAUAUUUGUAUAUAGUAUUUUAUUGGAUGGGUUUGAAAAAUUCCAGAAAAGUGCAAGAUUGCAUUUAUUACAUGCCUAUAUUUAAUAGGGAAAAUUAUAGAAUAAAUUCAAGUCUUUGUUUGAAUUAAUGAUUACUGAGGAGUCUAAGCCUAAUUUGUAGGAGGAGUUUUCAAUAUAUAGGUAUAAGCAUUUGAUAGAAGAAGAAAUGAUAGAGAAUGAUACGAGAGGGUAGGAGACUAAGGGGGUAGAAGUGAAUAAUAUUGUUGCUUUUUAGAAUAGAUUUGUCAUAUUUUUGGCAGCUAUUGAGAAGUCAGUGACAUUUCAUUUGGAAUUUUGGAGCAAAUUGUUAGAAGACUCACCUGAUAUAUAAAAAUUGCUGAGUUUAGGGAGUAAAAUUACUAAUACAGUAGAACAUACAGCGGAAUUAUAUACGAAGUUGUAAGAUAUGAACCCAAAUCAUAUAAAGUGUUUAGAGAUAUAUGGUUAUUUCCUAAAAGAUAUAGUAAAUGAUGAUCAAGAAGGUACCAGAGUUAUAGAAAAAGCAGAAUAUGUAGCCAAAAGUAAUUAGGCAAAUAAAUAAUUUGUAGACGCAGAUAAAAUAAAAUAUGGAGAAAAUUCAAACACAUGCAUAAUAACAGUAUCUGGGAAUAUAAAUUCGAUAGGUAUAUUAACAAAUUCUAACAAUGAAGUAACUAGGAUAUUAGGUUAUUAAAAAAAUGAAAUAAUAGAUUAAAAUAUUAGCAGAAUUAUGCCUAAAGUAUAUGGCGAUUUACAUGAUAAACUGAUGUAUAGAUAUUUAAAUACGUCAGAACCAAAAGUUAUUGGUUAGGAAAGAACUGUAAUGUGUUAAAAUAAACUCGGUUAUUUAGUUCCUUGUAGUCUAUUGAUAAAAGUAUUACCUAAUUUAGACGAAGGUAUUUAAAUUGUAGGAUUUAUUAAGGAAUUAGAUGGUAUAUCUAUUAAAAUUUAAGGCGUAACUUAGUCUUGUCAUACUUCUUUUGGCAUUCCCGCUUAAUUAAUGUAUGGAAACGCAUCUAAUACUCCAGAAUUUACUAUAGAUUCAAUUGCUCCAGGUAUUAUAGAUCCAAAAAAUUUAGAAGAAUUAAAAAGUCCUUAAGGGUUGAUUGUAUAGAUUAAUACUACAUUUAUUUAAUAAAAUUUCCUCAUCGAUGAAGAUGAGGAAGAUUAAGAUUUUAAUAAUAUUAAUAAUAAUGAAUAUGUAGAUAAAUAGGGAAAUUCAGGAUACGGUAAUGAGGAAGACUAUGAAAAUUAAGAUGAUAUCUAGUAGUAAUAGUAGUAUUAAUAGUAGUAUUAAUAGUAGUAGUAAUAGUAAUAGUAAUAGUAAUAGUAAUAGUAAUAGUAGUAAUAAGGAGAAAAUAUGGGGGAUGGUAAAAAAAGUAAGUACAGAAAAACUAAUAUUAGGGUAAAUUUGUAGGAAGAAGCUGAAUAUGGAGAAGGGUUUAAAAUUAUUACUAUUAAGUUUAUUGAAGCGGAUGAGAAUGAUGAGAAUGUUUAUAAAUAAAAAUCAGCUAAUAUUGAUAAUUAAGAGGAAAAAUAAGAGUAAGAAUAGGAAGAGAAAAUUUAAAAUAAUCAAGAUGAACAUCGAAAUGAUAUCGAAGAUGAGGGUUCUAAUGUCUCCGGAGCUUCCUUAAAUGAAGAUAUGAGACAUUUGAAAGAUUUUAAAGCACUUAUAUCAGAAAAAACAGUCCCGAAAUCUAUAAAAAUCUUAAAAAGAACUGUCUUUUUAUUACUUAUAAUUGUUUGUGCACUAACAGGAACUGACUUAGGUUAUAAAUUAAAAGAAUAAAGUGAUAUAUAAGAAGGUGUUGAUGCUAUAAAUUAUGCUUAUAUGAGACCUAAUUUAAUGGAAGAAGUUAAUUAUUAUUCAAGAAAAUUAUAAAUAUUAGGAUUUGGCAAAUUACUAGAACCUGCAUUAAAAUUACCUUAAAAUGCUGCUUAAAUUACUAAAUUUGAAAAUCUUUAUAAAUAUUAUUUAGAAUUAUAUGUUAAAUAAUUAUAAGAUAUUUAAUUUAACGUUAUUAGAUCAGAAAUAAAAAUGGAAGCUAGAAUGAAUUAUGUUGCUAAUGAUACUUUAUAUAAUACAGUUUUUUAAUUAUAAAAUAAAGCUACAGAUACUGAAUAAAAAGUAUAUACUGAUGCUAUUUUUUAAUUCAUUACAAGUGCAUCAUCUUUAAAAAGCGCUAAUUUAGAUAAUUUUAAAGCUUCUUAAAGUCCAUUUAUAGAUUCGACUUAAAAAUUUUUUUUUUUUGUAAGAGAAAAUGGGCUUUAUGUAUAUAGAGAUGCUGCAUUUGUUAUUGCUAUGACAUUUUAUGAUUUUUAUUAUAAUUUAACUUCUAAUUCGGAAUUAACUUUUAAAAUAAUUAUGAUUAUUGGAAUUAUUUUCCUCUUACUUUCUUAAGUUAUUUUAAUUCCUAUCGUUUUUUAAGUCAUUAAAACAAACAAUAGAGUGCUUUCGCUUUUUGGAUAUAUUCCAAUUUAAGAGAUUCGAGAAUUAUCAUAGAGAUGUGAAAAGUUUAUUUAAGAUUUUCUUUCUUAGGAAGCUAAUGAGAAUAAAAGUGAUAAAAAUGAUGAAAACUCGUAAUCGAAUGAUAAGCCUAAAAAAUAAACACAAGGUGCAAACAAAGUAAACGGAGUUUAUGAAUUAAAUAAUGAAGAAGGAUUUGAAUAAAAAGAUUAAAAUUAAUAAUAAGAACCUAUAAGUAAUAAUUAGUUGAGAAUUCCGCCAGGAAAUCCAAAUAUUAAGGGUAAUUUAAUGAGUAGUAUAGGAUAAAAUUCGGGAUUGCAAAAAACGGAAAAAAAUAAAGUUAUUGAGAAGAAGAAAUAAGAAGAAAAUAAUAAAGAAAACUUAAAAAAUUAAGAAGAAUAAGAAGAUUAUGAAAAUUCAAGGAGUGCAAAAUUAUUAAAUUAAAAAGAUAAUAAUAAAAAAAUAGUUAUUGUAUAGUUUUCUUUUAUUGCUAUUAUAUUUAUUACAUUCUUUGUUGUACAUUAUAUUUUACAAAUAUAAUUUUUAGAUGAUGUUAAAUAAGUUUUAGAACACUUAUAAUUGAUAUCUAUGAGACCAACAUAUUUAAAAUAUAAUAUGCUUUUUACUUUAGAAGAAAUAGCUUCUAAAUAAAAAAUUAUAUAUUAAAGUAUAAAUUUAAGAGAUAGAUAUACUGAUUUAGUUUAUGAUAAUGAAAAAAAAGUAUAUUAAAGUUUUAAAAAAGAAUAUCCUGCAGCUUUUAAAUCAUAUUUAAAAUAAUUUAUGAAUAUUGAUUCAUCAAAUAUUUGUGGUAAUGUUACUGCUAUUACAGACAUUAGUAAAUGUGAAGGAAUAUUUAGUGGAAUAUUAAAAAGAGGUUUAAGAACAUCUGUUGUAUCAUUUACUGAAACAUUAAGAGAUAUAUCAUCUAAAUUUUGGUAAAAUACUGAUGCAAAUAGUUAAGAAACUAGUUUAAAUAGUGUUGAUUUUAAAACAAUAGAAGAUGGACUUUUAUUUAUUGUUCCUGCUAUGAUGGAAUUAAACGAAAAAUUUUUAUCAGAUAUAAAAACUUUUCUAGAUGAUAGAAGUAGAUUUGAAACAAUUCUAUUUAGUGUAUUUAUAGCUGUAGUUUUAGGAGUUUUUUUUAUUAUUUGGCUACCAUAUCUUAAAAGUCUAAGUAUUAAAAUAUGGAGAACAAAAGGUAUGCUAAAUAUGAUACCAAUGGAAGUUAUUACAAAACAUGAAUCACUUAAAAAUGCUUUUAUAUCAGGAGAUAUUUUAUAAGCUGUUAAAUGA